ACACCACCGAAGAAGAACACCCGGAAAUAAGGUGUUGUUUAGAAAUCUCAGAUGGCGCGUUUCUUCAAAAACGUCAACAGACUUUGAUAUAUCAAGAUUAAUCUUCUAAAACCGUUGACAAUUGCAUAGAAAAUGCCCUUGUCUACUCAGUCUCAGACGGGAGAUGACAACUACGUCCUUGUAGCUAGUCUGGACAAUGUCAGGAAUCUGUCCAACAUCUUGAAAGCCAUCACCUUCAAAGAUCAUGCAAUCUUCAAUGCCACACCAAACGGGUUGAAAGUCACUGUGGAGGACUCUAAAUGUCUGCAAGCCAAUGCCUUCAUUCAGGCUGAGAUCUUCCAGGAGUUUACCAUCAGAGAGGACUCAGUGGGGUUUCAGGUCAACCUGACCGUUCUUCUGGACUGUCUCACCAUCUUCGGGGGAAGCACAGUACCAGGAGUGGCCACUGCCUUGCGGAUGUGCUACAACGGCUAUGGCUACCCCCUGACCCUGUUCCUAGAGGAGUGUGGUGUGGUGACGGUGUGUAAGAUCAACACCCAGGAGCCAGACGAGCCUAUAGACUUUGAGUUCUGCAGCACCAAUGUGACUAAUAAAGUCAUCCUGCAGUCAGAGAGUCUGAAGGAGGCCUUCUCUGAGCUGGACAUGACCAGCGAGGUCCUGCAGAUCACCAUGUCUCCCAGUCAGCCAUACUUUAGGUUGUCUACCUUUGGGAAUUCUGGGAAUGCCCAUUAUGAUUACCCAAAGGAUUCUGACAUGAUGGAGCUGUUUCAGUGCACAAAGACUCAGAGUAACAGGUACAAGAUGUCUCUACUGAAGCCGUCCACCAAGGCCCUGGCUCUAUCCUGUAAGGUCUCGGUGAGGACAGACGGCCGAGGGUUCCUGUCUUUGCAGUACUUGGUCAGGAAUGAUGACGGACAGAUCUGCUUCGUAGAAUACUACUGCUGUCCGGAUGAGGAAGUGGAAGAGGAGUAGUGAGAAUAGGAUUAUUUUUGUACAAGAAUACGAGGCUCAAAUCUUUUAGGUGUUAUUCUAAAGAAAUACUUGCAUUUUUCACUUGGCCCUGUUAUUUGGACUGUAUUUCUUGACUGUGUUAUUUGUAAGUAGUGUUGACUCUGGUACAUGUUCAUUUUAAAGUGAAAAUAAUUAAUUGCUAAUA